UAGUAACAAAAAUAGGUGCCUUAAAGUUUUAAAGUCUCAAACUAGGCCUACACUGUCAAACAGGAAAGCUGACUAUCUACACUUACAAGAAUGGAAGAAGGAAAAAACAUUCCAUUAUGGUUUGAAAAUAAAUCACAUGAGGAAAUCAAUUCAAAUAGCUUUAAUUUGGUGGAAAUAAAGCCGAAUAUAUCAUUUCCAAAAUUUGUGGAUAUGAAAGCAGUUUCAACAUUUUCAACUUUUGUGGACAUGAAACAAGAUGUUUCAACUUCUGUGGACAUGAAACCAGGUGUUUCAACUUUUGUGGACAUAAAACCAGGUGUUUCAACUUCUGUGGACAUGAAACCAGGUGUUUCCACUUCUGUGGACAUAAAACCAGGUGUUUCCACUUUUGUGGACAUAAAACCAGGUGUUUCAACUAUUGACGACAUGAAGUUAGGUGUUUCAACUAUUGACGACAUGAAACCAGGUGUUUCCACUUCUGUGGACAUAAAACCAGGUGUUUCCACUUUUGUGGACAUAAAACCAGGUGUUUCAACUAUUGACGACAUGAAGUUAGGUGUUUCAACUAUUGACGACAUGAAACCAGGUGUUUCCACUUUUGUAAAUACAGAUAGUGAUAAACCAGAUGGUUCAAUAGGACAGCUAAGCAAUUCAAUAGAUUCAUCUAUUUGUAGUGAAAAAGUAACUCUUAUAAAAUCAGAGAUUUACAGUGAUUUAGAGGAAUUAAAAUUAAUGCAUAUAAAGUCUUUAGAAGUAUUAAAUUUAAAUAACAGAAGUUGUUCUGAAGUUAAACAGCAUAAAUGUAAUAUUUGUCAUAAAAACUUUUCCAAAAAAAAAUAUUUAUCUCGGCAUCAAAUAAUUAAUUCUGUAAUAGCAAAACAUAAAAGUUGUCAUUCUGUAGUUGAGAAACAUGAAUGUGAUAUUUGCCAUAAAAAAUAUUCUUGGAAAUCUGGUUUAAAUCAGCAUAAAAAAGUUCAUUCUGGAAUAAAGGAGUAUGAGUGUGAUAUUUGUCAUAAAAAUUUCUUUCUGAAAGCUGCUUUAUCUGAGCAUAAAAUUAUUCAUUCUCAAAUUAAGGAGUAUGAGUGUGAUAUUUGUCAUAAAAUGUUUAGUAGCAGGCGUUAUUUAAACAAACAUAAAAUUUUUCAUUCUGGAGUCAAAGAACAUGAGUGUGAUAUUUGUCAUAAAAAAUUUUCUCGGAAAAACGACUUAUCUAGGCAUAAAGUUGUUCAUUCUGGUAUUAAGGAGUAUGAAUGUGACAUUUGUCAUAAAAUGUAUUAUCAAAAGAGUUAUUUAAACAGACAUAAAAUUAUUCAUUCAGGAACAUAGUGAUAUUUGUCAUCUCACAUUUUCUCUAAAGUCUCAUUUGACAUAAAAUUAUUCAUUCUGGAGAAAAACCAUAUAAAUGUAACAUGUUUUUUUUUAAGUUUUCUGUAAAGUUUUAUGUGAUUCAACAUUAAAAUAUUCACUUUGGGGAAAAAGAAUCAUAACAAAAUCCAUUCUCCAUUUAAAGUUUUGUCAGUAGUAUAAUUUAACACACCAUAUAAAUGUUAACUCUUGCAAAAUUACUGGCAUGGUUUAUUACAAAUAUUUAUCAACUGCACUGUUUAAAGUGAAUGUAAGCACCAUAGCGCUCAUUGGAUAACCUGGGGCGCCAAAUGGCACCCUUCUGUAGCACCGCCUGUGCAAAAUUGAAAUUUUUUUUUCUCAGAAACCUCCUCAGGAGUAUUCUCAACAAUUUCCCAAAGUUUCAUGGCGAUUGGUUAAAAGUUGUAGUAAUGCAUAAAAGACAAAUAAAGUCUGAACAAAUAUAUUUGGAGGGUUUUAUCAAGCUUUACUAAUGCUAUGUUCUUAAAUGCGUGAAUUUGUUUUCUAAAAUAGAGUUAUUUACAUGUAGACAAUGCCUGGGCUUGGAACAUAUUUAUCGGGACACUACAGUGUAAGUAAAUCACUCACCCUUAUAUCACUAUUAAACACUCACCGGGGAGCCGGGGCGUUUCGGGUCAUGAAAUAGAUGGAGUUUUAACACUGAAUAUAGUAGUACCCCUUACCCGCUAUGCAGAACGCCCGAUAAACUGAUGGUAAAAUAGCCACUCUGGAUGUCUGGACGUCAAAUCAUGUAUUGACAAAAAUCGCACCCUCCAGGGUGCCACCCAUAAGAAACUUAAUUUUUAUUUUUUCUUCUCUAGAGUAUUUUCAUCUACUCCCCAAAGUUUCAUGGCACUAAAGAUGAACAUUGUCAAACCACAUCCAUAAAUAGAGAAAAUUCGCACCCUCCCGGGGCGCUGCCCUUGCGAAAUAAAAAAAAAAUAUAUUUUUUUUGCAGAAACCUCUCCUGGAGUGUUCUCAUUAAUUUCCCAAAGUUUCAUGACGGACGGAUGAACUGUGUCAAACUGCAAUCGACUUUUAAUUUUAUAUUCUGUAUAUAGAAUAAAAAUCUAAUGGCGCCCUGCGGGGAUGCCACCCCUGCGAAUUUGAAAUUUCUUUUUUUGUAGUAACCUCCCCAGAAGUAUUCUCAACAGGUUCCCAAAG